AUGGUGUCCACUCGUCAGUCGAGUAAUAUGGGAAGCAAAGUUACUGAUACUAGUGAACCUGGACCACCACGCAAACACAUCCAGAAUGCUGGUGCUAGUUCCUUGCCUGAACCAGCACCCAGCCGCAAUCUAAAUCUUCUGGAUUUGCCACCAGAGAUCUUUGAGAAGAUCGCAAGCUAUCUUGACUACAACACAAUCGCAAACAUUCGUCCGGUAUGCCAUCAAAUGAACUCGAUGUGUGGCGCGAUUCUGAGCUCCUCGUUCCAACGAAUCCUGGGACAAAUGCUGAGUCGCUUUCAUGGUAUCAAAGCCAGGAUGCCAAGACGUGAAUCAGCACGUCGAAACCACCCGCUGUCAUGUGAAUCUGAUAUCAUUGAAACUGUUCAUAUGCGACUUACUUUGUUGCAAAUGACGCUUGGCAAACACAUUGAACGUAAACACUGCUGUUUUUUUCCCGGUUUGAUUCUAGAUGAAGUAAACCGUGUUUUACACUACAUAAAAGUAACUCCAAAACUUGUAAAGCCUUACAAAGUUACUGACGAAUUAUUUGAUUUGAGUUCAAUGGCUAUGGAAUUCUUCAAAGAGCAGAUUGAGCCAACUCUGCCAGAAAUUGCAUGCUUUAGUGAUUUUCUUGACAUUGCUGGUACAUUUUCAACGUCAAGUAGCGUAAGCAAACCAUUCCUGUGUCUGGAUACUCUACCGCUGGUGGAUAAUAGCGACUGUAGCAGCAGCAGUGUAGAAUGCUCGUCCCGACCUUCGGUGCAUGAUGAACCCGAGUUGGUGGAGAUAAAUACACCACCUCAAUCAAACAUGGUUUUACGGAAACGUAUACGUAGAAUAAAACUUAACAUGAAAAAGUAUAACACCCAGCUGGUUCGGAUGCAACGCAAUCUCAAUCUCUGCAAAACCAAAAUAGCUGAACAACAGAAGCAGAUCCUCGAAUAUGCAAAUCGUCUUGAUGAUAAUGAUAAAAAGAACGAAGAAACAUCCAGAAAAUUCAGCACUCUACUACAGGAAUUGAAUAAAUGCAAGACAGAACUACAGUACUGGCGUUCAAAGUCACCCGCAAUACCUGUCUGCAAUGGUUGUGGACAGUCGAUGCCGAUGCCUGCUGAAGAUCUACAAGCUCUGGCCAACCAGUCAGCGAGCGUACUUGCAGAAUCAUUCGCAGAGCCCCUUAAUUUCAUUCCUAUAGCUUUUGAUAGCCCUAGUGAGUCUAUUCAGGAGCAAUUGACACCCCAGACAUCGGUGAUGGCGCCACCUAAGGCACCACUCUCCGUUCCAACAAAACGAAAAGUUUCCAUUGAUGACGCAGCGUCUGAUGCCACCAAAAAAUCCCGACGUACUGUAAAGUCACGUCAUGCCAAGCGUAAUAAAAUUUAA